UGGGCGUCAGAGAUCAGCCGGAAAAUGACAGUUUUGGGCUUUUUGGGUCUGGCUCAAUUUGAAGCUCAACACCUUCCAACGUUCCGCGGAAAUCAGACUCGAAACACCCUCAAGAUGAACGGCACAGGAAGCACAAACUUCGAUUAUUGUCACUUCUUUCCCCACUCCAAUCCAGUCGUGACCUGCUUCUCACCGAACCCCGAAACCAUCCAUCUAGCAACCCUUCACACCGAAAAGCCCACACUCGUAAUCCACGAAAUCCAAAACCCAGACGCUUUCUCGGAAACAACCACGAAUGCCGACACCAUCGAGGCCAAGAUCACCUACGCCGUCGCGUUACCGGAAGUAUCUGAGGCCCUGUGUUGGGCUGGGCCCGAAUUGCUCUUUGUAGGAGGGCGAACGGAGCUGAGGGCGAUCAAGUUACGCGAAGAGGGGGUACAGGAUGUAAUUGCGCUGGCACCAUUCGAGAAGGGGGUUGGGGUGACGAAGGUUGCUUUUAGGGACGCUGAUAUCGCUUGCGUCGGCUCCAAGGGACAGAUUGCUUUGGUGAACAUUGAUGGAUAUGCGAAGCAAGACAUUGGCAGGGAGACAAGCGAGAUCACGGGGUUGCAAUGGAAAGGAGCACACGAAUUAGUGACUUCGAGUUCAGCAGGACGGAUAACAUUAUACGACAUCAGGGAGGAUGGGCCUGGCAGACAACUUACAGACCAACAUAAUCCGUCUCUAUCGAUAAACUGUCUGGAUGUGCAUCCUGUUUUGCAUGACAAGAUUGCAACGGGUGAUACCACCGGUCUGGUAGGCGUCUGGGAUCUACGAAAGAUGGAUGAAGCAGCUGUGGAGACUCUGAGGAUGCACAACGGGCAAGAUGUCUGGGGUGUGAAGUUCCACCCCGAUUCACCUGGAGAGAUCGUCAGCUGUGGAGAAGAUGGUAGCAUAUGCUUGGCCCGAUGGAGUCCAGAUGGCAUAGAUGCCAAUUCGAUAACAAACGACAGGGCAGAUGUUCUCCGGUAUCAGUCUCGAAGACAUCCGCUUCCAUUCAACUCCAUUGACAUCCAUGCUGGAGUCAACCUUCUGGCGGGUGUCGGCGAUGGAGGGGCGCUUGUGCUGCAACAAUUGUAGGAGCAAGGAACGACGGCGUAUUUCAAGGGGUUGGGCAGUCCGUAUGCGGAAGGGGGCGACCAGUCCAGACGAGCUUUUCAGCUCAUUCAGGCUGGGGUAUAGACUUGGUUCGUGUCCACGCGGAAACGAUUAACAUCUGCUAUGGCGUGUCGAUAUCAUGCAAAUGGAGAAUAUUUUGUUCCCGUCCAUUUCCUUCGACGCGCGUGCAAAGGAAGUCGAGCGAUAGGGACGCGCGUCGGCAUCAAUU